UGUCAAAUUUGGGUAGUUGGUCGUUUCGGGGCACCUGAUACAGGAGAUAGAAUCUUUUUUGGGAGAUCGGAAAGACCAAACCUCGGCUACUCCGAUGGCUCUGCUUUUCCCCAAAUGGGCUUCUUUAGCCAUCUUAGCAUUAUCAGUGGCUUCCUUCCUCACCACGGAGGCCAAACCUAAUGGACUCGGACUUGGAAUCUUUCCAAGAGGAAAACCUCAGACUCAGAGAGAGUUCGAUUACUUCGCCUUGGCUCUGCAAUGGCCCGCCACCUACUGUCGCCGCAGCCGCCAUUGCUGUACUUCCAAUGCUUGCUGCCGAGGUUCAAAUGCCCCUGCCGAGUUUACAAUACAUGGGUUGUGGCCUGAUUACAAUGAUGGAAGCUGGCCUUCCUGCUGCACGAAUAAGAGGUUUAAUGAGAAAGAGAUUUCUACAUUGCUUGGCGAUCUAGAAAAGUAUUGGCCGUCUUUAAGCUGUGGUUCACCAUCAACCUGCCAUGGUGGUAAAGGGUCCUUUUGGGGUCAUGAGUGGGAGAAGCAUGGAACUUGUUCUGCUCCUGUCACUGGUGAUGAAUACAAUUACUUUUCAACGGUCCUAAAUAUCUACUUCAAAUACAAUGUCUCAAGAGUCCUCUCCGAAGAAGGAUAUGUGCCUUCUGACAGUGAAAAAUAUCCUAUUGGAGGCAUCAUUUCUGCCAUUCAAAAUGCUUUUCACACAACCCCAUUGAUAGUUUGCAAAAAUGGAGCUAUAGAGGAACUUCGGUUAUGCUUUUACAAGAACUUUGAGCCUCGGGACUGUGUGACACAAGUUACCAAUGACAACAUGGUUUCUUCAAGAAACUCAUGUCCCAAGUAUGUCAGCUUACCAGCGCACACGUCAAGGGGGGUCAAUGGUGCCGAGACAAAAAUUCCAUGGAUUCCUGCAAAAGAAGCUAUUCAAGAACAUGAAAGCAUGUAAAUAUUGUGAACCAACCAGUCCACAUAAUGGAACUUUCUUAAUUUAAUCUGUAUAAUAAAGUGUUGCAUGAAUUCAGACUCCAUGAAAUAUUGAUGCACAAAUUGUUGUAGAUUACAGUUCCAUUGUUCUCAUCUAUCAUUGAAAAAUAUGCAAACAUUUAGUGCUAAAUGGAUGUAUAAAUACAUUAAUUUGUCAAAUCUGAAAACAGAGGAGUAAAACAUAGCUUUCUGCCA